AUGGGGCCGGACGCGUCCGAGAUGCUCGGGCUCCAAAAGUUUGCUUCACAACAGUUGUCUAACUACUCCGAGGAAGCUAGUAGGCAACAGUUCCGGACUAGAGACGACAAGAGCAACCCUCUUCGCAGCUUUGUCAAGAAAAUCAAAAAGGGCUGCAAGAAGUUAGCGGCUAAGCUGAGCUGUGCAGACACGACAUAUGAGCCUCCGUUGCACCCCAUGUUGUCUAGGAGCCAGACGGCCUCGAUGUCCACCAGAGCUACUUCGGCUAGGGCCGCUUCCUCCUCUGUACGUACUCCGCAGUACACAGGGAAGGGUCCAGCGGACGUGGACGAUGAGGACGAGGCCCUUCAGUACUCCACGACUAGUGGCGACGACGACGAGUUACAGUGGGAGUUCACCGGUCACGAGGAGAUGGGUACCUCACAGCUAGGCGGUGCUCCUAUUGGUACACAGGGCGUGGAGUACACACCGGAGGAGUACACACAGGGGGUGGAGUACACACAGGAGGAGUACAGACACGUCGAGCACCAGGGUACUUCGUCCACACAGGAGAUGGACCGUGUCCAUAGGCGGCAGCGAGAGAGGCAGCGGCGAGACCGCACGGACGUGGGGUGGACAAGCAACGUGGUGCCUACCAAUCCUAGGAGGCGACGGAAGCCGCGAAACCGCUACACCCCUGGCGAUGAUUAGAUUAGACAUGUUUAGCAGUUGGGACUUGUCAUGUAGUACCUGUGACAUAUUGUUAUUUCCAGCACGUUGGUAACUGUGACAUAU